UCUAACCUACAAGCAUUUUCCGGAUACACGCACGUUUUCAUUCAGUUUUGUAAUAUUUCGCAACAUUGUUCCAAAGUAUUAUUGCACUUCACAGUUAAUCAGUGAAAUUCCAUAUUUCUGGUUAUAUCAAUAAUAACUAGAAAUAUUUUAUUCAGUUCGGAAUGGUGUGUCAACCGAUACAAAUGUCUUUCUCUACUGUAACUGAAAAGAGAAUUGUGCUUAGGAAUAGCGAACAUUUUGCAUUGUGGAAACAGAAUAAAGUAAAAUAGUACUUGAUUUUUCAAUUAGAAACAAGUAAUUUAAAGUGUUCAAUCAUUUCAUUCUUUUAUUCACAUUUAAGUAUUUAUGCAUGUCAACUAAAUUUAGAAGUAUACAAAAAUGAGGAUAGUAGAUUUAGAAAAACUAAAAAAUCUUCAAAAAGAUCCAAAAUCUAUUAGAAAUAUUUGUAUAUUAGCCCAUGUUGAUCAUGGAAAAACAACUUUAGCAGAUUGUCUAGUAGCAAGCAAUGGAAUUAUAUCAACCAAGCUUGCCGGCAAGCUUCGAUACAUGGAUAGUCGUAAUGAUGAACAGCAACGAGGAAUAACCAUGAAGUCAAGCUCUAUAUCUCUCUUUUUUAAUAACAAUGAUGAAGAAUAUUUAUUGAAUGUCAUCGAUUCACCAGGUCACAUUGAUUUUGCAUCAGAAGUAUCAACAGCGGUCAGAUUAUGUGAUGGAGCUAUUAUUAUUGUCGAUGUAGUCGAAGGAGUAUGCCCUCAAACUCGAAGUGCCUUAUCUAUGACUUAUAUUGAAGGUUUAAAGCCAAUAUUAGUAAUGAAUAAGAUUGACAGAUUAAUUACAGAAAUAAAAUUAACACCUCUUGAUGCUUAUAUUCAUUUAACUCAAAUUCUGGAGCAAGUUAAUGCCGUAAUGGGAGGAUUAUUUGCCAGUGAUGUUAUGCAACGUGAUGAAAUUAUUGAAACAGCUAAAAAUAAUAAAGAUUCAAAUUCAACUGAAAGAUCACUUACAGAUUGGCAGUCAACUCUAGAAGAGGCUGAUGAUUCAAAUUUAUAUUUUUCUCCAGAAAGAGGCAACGUUUUAUUUACCAGUGCAAUAGAUGGAUGGGGUUUUGGGAUUAAAGAGUUUGCAAAAAUGUUAUCAGAAAAACUAGGAUUUAGUGAAAAAGUAUUAGCAAAGACACUUUGGGGUGAUUAUUAUCUAAAUAUGAAAAAUAAAAGAAUUAUGAAAGGUGCUCAAGAGAAAGCUAAAAAGCCACUUUUUGUAUCAUUAAUUCUUGAGAAUCUGUGGACUUUGUAUGAUAUAGUUUUAGUUAAAAAAGACAAAGAGAAAAUGAUGAGUAUGAUGGAGAAAAUGAAUAUAAAAUUGACAAAUAGAGAUUUAAGAGUAACUGAUACAAAAGUUCAAUUAAAUGCAAUCGCAUCGCAGUGGCUUCCACUAGCAAAAGCUUGUUUAUCCAUGGUCUGUGAUAAUGUACCUGCUCCUCAUGAAUUAUCUGGUGAUAAAAUCGAACGUUUAAUGAGCGGAAACAAUGACUUUUCAUCUCUUCCCUCCGAAACACAACAAUUAAAGUCUGCAUUUUUAGCUUGUAGUUCUUCUCAAGAUGCACCAAUUAUCGCAUUUGUAUCAAAAAUGUUUUCUGCUGAUAAAAAAUCAUUUUCAGAAAAUAAAACUCGAAUGCUAACCCAAGAAGAAUUAGUACAGCGAAGAGAAAUUGUAAGACAAAGGCAUGCAAUGAAAUUAGAACAGCUUGAAAGUGAAAAAAAUGAAUCUAAUGACCAUGGAACGACAAGUAAUGAUAAGGUUGAAGAAGAAAAUCAAGAAAACAUAGUAAAUGAAGAAGAAGCAAAAAUGUUGAUUGGAUUUGCAAGAGUUUAUUCUGGAUUACUAAAACCCGGUGCUGAAUUGUUUGUUCUUGGACCGAAGCACAAUCCUGAAACUGUUCUGGAAAGAAUGAAAAAUAAUGAACCCGUAAAAGCGGCAGCUUCCUUGAAAGAUUUAAAAUCUGGUUGGUAUGUUACUAAAGUCGUCAUUACAAAAUUAUAUCUCAUGAUGGGACGAGAAUUGGAAACUGUAGAGCAAGUUCCUGCCGGUAAUGUUAUAGGUAUUGGUGGAUUAGAGGAACAUGUUUUGAAAACCGCUACAUUAUCAUCGACUAUGUUUUGUCCUUCAUUUACUGAACUAACUUCACUUACUGUACCGAUACUUAGAGUUGCAUUAGAACCGAAGCAUCCUAAUGACUUGCAGAAACUUGUCAACGGUCUCAAGUUAUUAAAUCAGGCUGAUUGCUGUGCUCGAAUGCAUAUUCAAGAAACUGGGGAAAUUGUGUUAAGUACCGCUGGAGAAGUUCAUCUCGAACGUUGUCUAGACGAUCUUAAGCAGCGGUAUGCUAAAGUAGAGAUAAAUGUAUCAGAGCCAAUUAUUCCAUUCCGAGAGACUGUAGUACCUCCACCAAUUACUGAUAUGGUAAAUGAAGCUAUUGAGAAAAAGACACAUGAUGAACCUUUGGAAUUUUGGACAACCAAUCAUCAAUGCUUCUUUGAAAUUGAUGCUAAACCAUUACCAGAACAAGUUAUUAAGAUUCUAGACGAUAACUCUGAUCUUCUUAAACAGUUAGAUAUGCAUUGGGAACAACUUGGAAAACAGGAAUGUGAGUCACUGCCAUCCUCUAUCGCUAAUCUGUCAAUCGAUGAGACUUCGAUUACAAAUAAAAAAUUAAAAUCCAUUGAAACAUUUAAAAAUGAUUUAUCGACUGCCUUUCACUCGGCUAACUGGGGAAAUGUUUUAAAUGAAAUAUGGUCGUUUGGGCCGAAAAAAUGUGGACCUAAUAUUUUACUUAAUGAAAGUGAUUAUAAACGAUUACCCUUUUGGAUGAAACAACUAAAACAAUCAACAGAUCCUCGAGCCACAUAUGAUAAUAGUAUUAUCAAUGGAUUCCAGUUGGCAACUAUUGCAGGACCUUUAUGUGAAGAGCCAAUGCGAGGAGUAUGCUUUAUUGUAAAAAAAUGGCAAAUUUAUGAGGAUGCACAGAGUGAAUGUAGUGGACAAAGUAAUCUCAGUGGACAGUUAAUAUCAGCCUUCAAGGAAGCUUGUCGUCGUGCUCUUAAUAUGCGGAGACCUCGUUUAGUGGCACCUAUGUAUUCAUGCAGCGUUCUCGUCAAUUCUGAUGUACUUGGAAAGCUGUAUGCAGUUUUUGGACGUAGACACGGACGUGUUAUUGCAGCUGACAAUGCUCUAGGAUUUGGUGGUCAAUUUCAAGUUCAUGCGGUUCUUCCUGUUCCUGAAAGUUUUAAUCUAGCUAGCGAAUUGCGUACUUCGACUUCUGGAUUGGCAACUCCACAACUUGUCUUUAGUCACUGGGAGGUAAUAGAACAAGAUCCUUUUUGGGUUCCUUCAACUGAAGAAGAGUACUUACAUUUUGGUGAAAAGGGAGAUACUGUGAAUCGUGCGAAAAAGUAUAUUGAUGCUGUUCGUCGACGGAAAGGCUUGCCUGUCGACUCACAAUUAGUAACUCAUGCUGAGAAACAGAGAACACUCUCGAAAAAUAAAUAAAAUAUUCUUAUAAGUCAAACUUUUUAUGAUUUAAAUAAUAAUUUAUUUCAUAUGUUUAUAAAAUAUUUAAAAUAAUUUUAAAUAAGAUAUGAAUGUUUCA